AUGAAAACAAACUUUCUAAUUACAAUUCAACUUUGGGUCUUUUUUAUCAGUAUGAUGAUGAUACUUUCACUUUACACUCUCAAUCAUUAACAUAUUUAGCUCAUCAAGUUACUAAUAGUGAAGUUAUUAAUAUUAAACCUAAAAAAAUAAAACUUAGUGAUAAAGGCAGUUUUACUAAGCCUUUUUUUAACUUUUAUAAGUGUCCUAGAGCUCAGCCUGAAGAAAAGACAAUAACCAAAGCCAAAUAUAUGAUUACCAAAAUAUCACUUGAAAAUAAGUCAAUUGAAGAACUUAAAAAUCCUUCUCAGCAAACAAUAGAAACAGUUUUAUUAAAACCUCAUUCAGCAUCAAAGCAAAAAAAGCUUAUGCAAGAUAUUAUUAAACUUUUUAUUUCCUGUACACUUCCAUUAUCUUUAAUUGAAAAUAAAAAUUUUCAUACCUUUUUACACUCCUUUGACUCCCAAUAUGAACCACCUUGUGUAAACACUAUUAAAAAUGAAAUUGCAAAUAGAACUUUUUAUACUACUCAAGUUAUCAAACAAAUACUUUAUACACAAACAGAUACUAUUUUAGAAGAAUUUCAUAUGCGCAAUCUUACACUAGGUGUAAUUGAAAUGGGUGUGUAUAAAACUGCUAAUGAUAUUGUUGAAUCUAUUGAGCCAAUGCUUAAAGAAUUUGAUAUAGAUAGAAAUAAAAUCCUAAGUAUAAUAACAGAUAAUGGUUCUAAUAUCAAAACAGCUAUUACAUGA